UCUCCUGUCUCGUGCUCCGCACCUUCGCCUCACGUGGCCCAGAGCAACCCAAGCCCGUCUGCACUCUUCACCUGUUACGUAGUGGCAACCAUCACAUCAGGAGAACACCACAACAAUAGUAUCUCCACGCAUACCAUUGGAUUGGACGUGUAAGGUCUAGACCGUGUGUUACAAGGCACCGCGGUGUUGGCAAGGAACACGCCCUCUGUGCGGCGAGUGCGGCUUUGUGCCCGGCAUAGUCCAGGUGUUCAGCCGACAUCAAAAUUUCCGCCCGUUUCUGCCGGAAUAGCAAGCCAUGGGCAACAUCCUCCACGGCUAUCCCAGCCAGGAUGAGCUCCUCGAUUCCAUCCACACCUCGCGUCCUGUUCGUUCGGCCACGGUGUACGCCUUUCGCUGCAUCGACAAGCGGUUCUUCCAGUACUUUCCGCCGAAGCCGCCAACAACCUCGGCGCCCGACGAGGUAACCCACGUCCCGGACAUUGACGACGGAUCGAGCUCCAGCGGCGAUGAUGACCUCCCGCCACCGCCGUAUCUGCCGCUCACUGCUGCUCCACAGGGAAUCGACUCGGCGUCGGAUGAUGACUCGCUCCUCUCGCAGAGCUCCGACUCGGACUCGGACUCUGACGCAGACUCAGAAGCCGGAACCGACCCGGCGCCGAUGGCGAGUGCGCUGCCUAUGGCCGGCCCGCCGUCGCUCCCGAUCCAGGUUGAGCGGUCCACCUCGCUCUACGAGCUACUUCGGGCAUCGUCGUCGAACGAGUCCGAGGGCUCGUACCUCGCCGAGCCGUGGUCGCAGCUCCUGCCUGGUGGUGGGCGGCUACACCACUCCGCCGUCUCCAUCUACAUGGACGUCGUCGACGCGCUGGAGCUCUGCCCUGGCGAGACCUUUCUUAACAUCGGAUCGGGAUCGGGCUAUCUCUCGACGGUAGCGUCAAUACUACUGGGGCCGACCGGCUGCUCGCUCGGCGUCGAGCUCGACGAGGCAGCGCUCGAAUGGGCCAAGGCGCGGACAGACGAGCUCUUCUCCUCGCCGUGGAUCAACACGGCGCGGAUGCGGCAGCCGCACUUUUUCCGCGGUGAUGCGCUCUCGCUCGCAUCGGACACGCUUCGAUUUGAUGCCAUCUACGUCGGCUCGGGCAUUGCCAGCGAUGCCCACAUCCGCGCGUUCUACGCGCUGCUCAAGCCCGGUGGCCGCCUUGUCGUCCCGUACCAGGCUAACGUCAUUCGGCUUCAUCACACCCCGGCUGGCGCCGAGACAACCGUCGUCACACCAGGCACCAUCUUUGCGCCAGUAGUCGACGACGGAUCCGAGGUCCUUCCCGACGGCACUGACCCCAUGGCCGAGAUCGAGACCACGCUCGCGGCGCGGAUGCUGCCGUCGCUCUUUGUCCUUGCCGCCGACGCGCUGCGAAGCCAGUGGAUGCUUGAUGACGGCAUCGUCGUGGGUGACGACCUCGCGCUCACCUACACGCCGCCGCUGGAGCGACUCCGCGCCCUCAUUGGUAUCGUGCCCAUGGACACGCUCGAGUUUCUCAACGGUGGCGUCCCGCUCGACAUCGCCACCUGCGCCUACCCGGGCUGCCUCAAGCGGUUUGCCGCCGAUCCGCUCCCGACCUCUACCUCGGCCUCGUCGGCUACCCUCUCCAGCUCAGCCUCGAGCUCAGCAUCGAUGACGUCGUCGCUCUCGGCGCUCCGCUGCUGCUGCCUCGACCACGCUAACCGGCUCGAGGUCGAGUCGCUCUCAUCCGAGUCUGGAUAAUCCCCCCCCCC